AUGUCCUUUGUUCAAAAUCGUUAAAUUAACACCCUUUGAUUGUACCACAUACGCCUCCUGAAGUUUAUUUUUUUUAGUCACUCCUAUAUUAAAUAUAAUAGUACGUGUAUAAUACUAAGGACUCCUAAGACUUAAUUCCAAUCGAGCUAGGUUGAUUUUACACAAUGCGAGAAUUCAGUUUUCCAGCAACAAACUUUCCUUCUUUACUUAAAGUCGUCCAAGCAAAAGUUUCUGCAUCAAUUCUUCUUCUGUACCUCGUGUCAAGAACCGUAGGUAGUUUGACAUCCGAUAAUUCUGGAAAUGAUGACGGUGACGAUAAAGGUGGUGGGUCAUCUCAUAAAAUUGCGCUAAUUAAUCCUCAAGACCCGUAUGAGAGCAACACGGGGAUAAGUACGUGGGGCUACAAGCCAGAACCAGAUAAACCAUUAGUCUUUGAGUUUAACAACCUCAAUGACAAACAUAAAUCUAAUAAGAGACCUGGUUAUUCUCGCGACAAUUUCCAAGAUUCGGAUGACUCAGAAAUAAAAACACAUAGAAAUCAGGCAAUAAAAGUGUAUCAUGAAACCGACACGGUGACAGAGUCAAGUAUUACUGACGUACCCUCGUUGGAUACUACACAUAAUCAGAAGCAACAAAAAGUGAUUAUAAUUUUAUGAGAUUGAAGUCCAUGUGAUAAAAUUUCAUAUAAUGAGUAUUUUUCAUUAUUAAACAGGCGCCAUUCAAAGCGAAAGGACGAAGUUUUAAUAAUGCAGUUGGUAAUCAAACAAGCAAUGAGACGAAUAAUCGUUCUGCAGAUGCACCUUUAAUGCAUCAUGAAGAUAAUGCAGGUACACUUUAUGAGGUUAGUUUUAUAAUUUGCAUGUUUAUAUGUCAUUUUCCACUAAAACUUCCGCGUAAUCCAAUUACAUAAUAUAUCUCAUUUUGCGAUUGAGAGCUAUUUGAAUCUAUAUUUUUUAAAUCAGAAUCCAGAAGUAAAAUUAAGCGAUAUUGUGAAGGAGUACAAUAUGCGGUUGGGAAUCGUACCUUCGACUGAACACGAAAAUACUGCAGAUCAUAAUCAACCUGAUGAAUAUGGAAAUAUCAACGAUGGCGAUUUGUCUGCAUUUUUACCAUGCAAUUCUAAAACUUGCGGUUUAAUAUGCUCUGAAACCAAACUCGCAAAAUGCGAUAAACAUAAUAGCAAAAUUUGUCUAUGCCCGGCUUUCAAAUUCGUACCAGCAGAAACACCAGGAACCAUUCGAUUGCCAAAUUUACAAAAUGACGUAUCGGAAAUAGCUUGCGACGAAUCCUGCACUGCAAGAUUUGCAUAUGCUCGAGUUUUGGAAAACUUAAAUGGAACCAAAGAAUGCAUUUGUAUCACCAACCAGGCAAACAAACAAUGAAAAACAUACUUUAAUUCCAAAUUAUUUUAAAAGCAUUAAUCUUGAAUUGCAGACAAGCAGUAGCGGUAUCACCUUUUGUGACAGUGCUGCUAAAGUCGAUAUUUGCAAAACCAUUUGUCAGUCCGAUGCGGGUGAAUGUGCAUUCAACGGAAUCUGUUUGUGUCGAGAUAAUUGGUCGGGGUUUAUGAAUCUAUCAAUGCCAAAUGUUCGUCAUGAAAUUCCUUCUGAUCAUUCGGAGUGCAGCAAACGUUGCUCUCUGUUCCAUCAUGAUUUUAUUGGCCGAAUUCAUGACUCUCUGACGUCUCAAACUGAUAAACCCCAUAAAUUCCAAUCAAAAUAUUGCCUUUGUGCUCCGGAGUCUUCGAUUUUGACUUACAAAGAAACACAUGUAAAGAAAAAAAUAACGGUGCAAGUUUGAUCUAAGCUUUCCAUAUUUUUUCAAAUUAUGCUAAUACCUGCUCUGCUAACAGGAAAUAAUGGCACAAGGAUUUCAAAUUUGUUCAGGCCUGAAGUGUAAGAAACGAUGUGGAAUGCGCGACGCAGUUUGUGAGCCCCAAUAUCGAAGGGCGUGCCUUUGUCACAGGCAGAAUAUUUUUAUCGGUUCGCACCUCUGGUCCCGUUUGCCGAAUCAUAACGAAAAAUUUUGUCAAGAUUCUUGUUUUGCGCACGGUCUCUCAGCUCGAGUCAUUGAAAAGAAUCCACUUUUUUCCCCAUCAUCUGAAAGAUUUUCGCCGUGGUAUCGAUGGUCAAUGUUCUCUUUCGUAUAUGAUGGCAAAUUUUGUCAUUGCAUUAAAGUUGAAUUGGAAAUGAGCCAAUUUCGACCAUGCACUGACGAAAUCUGCAGAUGGAUUUGCGGUCAUGAUAAUGGAAUUUGCGACAUAGAGUCAAGACGAAGUUGCAUUUGCAACACUCACAAACUGAUUGCUGGGCUUGGAAGAAAGCCAUAUCCUGGAGAAAUAAAUUGUGACACAUCGUGUCGCCAUCACUUGAUGGACGCUAGGCUUCUCGAUGUGACAUGGGAUACAAACCAAUUGGAUGGAUGGGGUGUAACUAAAAGCAAAUUUUGUGGGUGCAUACGAGAAACUACUGAAGCUGGACUCACUCAUUGUGACGGAGGAAAUGAUGACUUGUGUCCAAAAUUCUGCAACAACUCUGAAGCAUUCUGCACAAGAGAGAAAUACUGUGAAUGCGGCAUUGAUGCUCGUCGUCUCUUAAAAAAUGGAACUGUUCGACUUCCCACCGGCCCUGAAAAUGAGGAAUGCGGCGAAACUUGUAGAUCAUGGAUGUGGCCACUGGCAGAGGAUCUGGACAGAAUACCGUUGAUUUAUGAUGAGGGACGUUUGAACUGCUCAAAAACGAAUUCUUGCCCUCGUGUCGAAUCUCCUCGGGAUUCCAGCGCAAUAGGAUUUCGUGUUGAGAAAAUCAUGAAUGGAGGUUUCGAAGUUAAACCUCCAAGAAAAUUUUGCCUUUGUUCAAAAAGUACGACGGUUCAUUACAAACCUGGAACAAGAAUCCUGCCGCAAUUGGUACCUUACAAAGCCCAUGGUUUAGAAUGCAUUGGAAACCAUACCUGUGUUGCAAUUGGAAAUGCUAUUCAUAUAAAGUAAAGGCAAUACAAUUACUAAUUACAGUA